CUCUGACCAAUCAGUAAGCUGCAUUCAGCUGUCAUUCAAAGCGUAAAUCCAAUCAGAGGUGUCGGUUGGCUUCUGUGUUUUUAAGUUGUUUGUGUACGUACCAUUUUUUUCAGGCAGGGUUGUUGAAUUUUACGUUUUGGCCUUGUGAAGGCAUUAGUCGACCCUUGUUAUCAAAGCGUUGUGCUUUGGUUGGCUGAAACACACUUCUUGUUCAUCUCAUUUGCGUCCUGCCUCUUUUUUUGGUUUUCACAGUGUUUGAUUUUAUUUUUUCUCCAUUUUAUUUGUUUUUGCCCCCUACCAUAAAGCGCUUUCCUCUCUUCUUGACAUCCUCACAUGCUCUACCCUUUCAGCAGCAAGAAGUCAACACUCUCUUUUUUUUCUUUCUCACAAUCUCUCUUCCUCCUCCUCACACACAUACACCUAUGACCCUGUAAAUCCGUGUGUGUUGAUGGAGUGUGUUCCUCCUUGCUCUGACAGGCCAGGGUUUGGGGAGGAGACCCCAGGUGUCCCGUUAUCCUCCGGACCCCCCACCCCUCUGAGAGCACAAACCUUCUCCUCCUUCUCCCCUUCCAAGUCCUACAGUCGCCAGUCCUCCUCCUCUGACACCGAGCUCAGCCUAACCCCCAAAACCGGAAUGGGAAGUGGCGGCAGUGCAGGAAAGGAGGCGGGGCCUCUUAAAGUGUUUCUGAGGCAGCAGACCCAAUCAGCACUGGAGCAAAGAGGGGUUUCAUCAUCCUCUGAAGCGUUUGUUAGAACAGGGGAAUACCCUUUCUUCACGUUGACCGCCUUCCCUCCUGGAUUUCUCCUUCAUGUGGGAGGCGUGGUCAGUGCGCGCUCAGUAAAGCUUCUGGAUCGAAUCCACAACCCAGCCUUGGGUAACAACACCAGAUCAUACAAACUGCUAGACUGGAAUAGUUUCACUGCAGACGAGCCGGAGACACGGGAUGCGUGGUGGGAGGAGAUCCGUCAGGAAAUAAAGUCUCAUGCCAAAGCUCUUGGCUGCCACGCUGUGGUGGGCUACAGCGAGUCCACCAGCAUCUGUGAGGAGGUGUGUAUUCUAUCAGCGUCAGGCACUGCGGCAAUCCUCAGCUCCCGAUUCAUGCAGGACGGCCCGCUGGACGUCGAACACAGGUUGUCACGGCAACCGCUUUGUGUCUUUUCUACAGGGUCAGAGAGGGUCGAGGGGGAUAUGGGUAGUUCAGCCUCGCUAGGAUUUGAGGAGGUGGUGUCCCCUGGCUGUGGGUUUUGCCACAUACCGUACGAUGAGUUGAAUAUACCAUUUCCUGCUCAGCUCACCUAUUGCUACUGCUGUCGCCGCUACAAAGUGCCCGAUGUUCUCUUCACCACAAUCGACCUGCCUACUGAAGCCAACGUCACCGGGAAGGGCUGCCUGAUUCAGGCCAGGCUGUGCAGGACUAAAAAGAAGGCCCAGGGAGAAGGGAACGCCACGGCCAUUAGUAAUCUUCUGCCAUUUCUAGAGUACGAACUCCACACACAGCUGAUGAACAAAUUGAAGCUACGAGGCAUGAAUGCCUUGUUCGGGCUACGUAUCCAGAUCAGCGUGGGAGAGACCAUGCUGCUAGGAUUAGCGUCUGCAACAGGAGUUUAUCUGACAGCUUUACCCAGUCCUGGAGGAAUCCAGAUUACGGGAAAAACUCCCAGUGACAUAACAUAUGAACAGCACAUCUCCAAUAUGCAGAAGAAAAUCAAUGACACCAUUACUAAAAACAAAGAACUGUAUGAAAUCAACCCUCCUGAGGUUGUCGAAGAGAUCAUUGGUUCGCCGAUCCCUGAGCCCCGUCAGAGGUCUCGUCUCUUUCGUUCUCACUCAGAGAGUUCAGAUGAGGUGUCAGAACUAGACUUAUCCCAUGGGAAAAAGGAUGCCUUUGUGUUGGAGAUUGAUGACACGGAUGCUGUGGAAGAUAUACAUGCACUUCUGACUGAUUUCUCCAUCCCAGCAGGAUUCUACAGCUGCAACACUGAAAUCAUGCCUGGGAUUCAGAACUGGACUUCAGCUAUACAGAUGUUUACCUCCGUGAGGGUCUUUCGCCUUAACACCAACUUGACCAAUCAGGGACUGAAUAAGAUUUUCAGUGACCUCUGUGAGAACCUGCUUAAGAGUUUGUACUUCAAACUGCGGUCGAUGGUCCCAUGCUGUCUUUGUCACCUGAACUUCACAGUGGCCAUACCUGAAGAUGAGCUUAUUCAGGUGGCGGUAACAGCUGUGGCAAUGAGCUUUGACAAAGAGCAGACUUUGGAAAAUGGCAAACAAAGUGGGGAAAAGACACUGAUAAAGGCCAUAACAGAUGAGCAGCUUCAGUUCAGUCUGGAACUCAAUGCUGAAACAUCUUCUCCCAAUCCUCUCAGCUCCCCCAAAGGUCUAUCAGAUGUUGGCAGCCAUCCAUCAGCCAGAGCCUCCUCAGUUGAUUACAGUUCCUUUGCAGACAGAUGCAGCUCCUGGAUAGAGCAGCUUAAACUGAAAGCUCACACCAUAAGACGCGGAUCGGUUAAAACAACAUCAUCUAUGGAGAAGGCCAGCCCGUUGCCUGAAGGUCGCUCUCGUUCUCUUCGGUCAAACCGUUCCUACUCGGGCAGUUCUGUCGCAGUGGUCAAAAUGACCCCGCUCUCUUUCAUUCCUGGAGCAAAGAUCAUCAAAUACCUUGGCAUCAUCAACAUGUUCUUCAUUAGGGAGACCACCUCACUCAGAGAGGAGGGAGGUGUAAGUGGGUUUCUGCAUACGUUUAUUGCUGAAGUAUUUGCGAUGGUUCGCGCCCACGUCGCUGCUCUUGGAGGAAAUGCUGUCGUCUCCUACAGCAUGAAGGAGUGUGUGUUCAUGGAGAAUCCUAACAAGAACCAGGCGCAGUGCCUAAUUAAUGUCAGUGGGGACGCUGUUAUUUUUGUCCGAGAAUCUGAACUCGAGUUGACUUCGGUACAGCCACAGUCAGCCACAACACAGACCUCCAACGGUGGGGAAGGAACGUGAACCCACAUGCACACACAGACAAACUCUCAAGUAAACAAGUUUUAACAUGAACCAUGCCAUUUGAAGCAGUUUCACGCUGAAUCUACCAACCAAAUCUCCAAAAAGAAGCAAAAAAUAUAGACCUCAUUGGUUGGUUCUCCCAAGUGUCAUAUUUUAGAUCCUUUAAAUUGCCAAUAUUUGGUUUUAUUUCAGAAUAUUU